UGUGACCUGAACGUCAAUAAGGAAGCAGUCGACGCAUCUUCUUUCCCGUCAGUUUGAUGUUUUUUCUCAGAAAAGGUUUCUUGCAGCGAUGUUGACCCUGAGGGGUCAUCUGCUGGCUCAGGUGCUACUGCUAUGGAUACUAAGCAACCUCUCAGAGGCACAAGUCUUCUUGAAUGCCCCUGCGGCGGUAAUGCUGGAAGAACAUUCUAGUGCCAAUGUCACCAUCACUACCAGUGUGCCGCUCCAACAGCCGGUGGCGAUCCGGUUCAAUGUGACCUACAGCUCUAAGAGCAGCUCCUCAUUGAUCAUCAGUGUGCCAGAGCAGGUGUUGCUGCCAGCUGAGACGACGUCGGUCGUGUUCACAGCGACGGCCCACAGUGCGGGUCAGGUGACCACGUACCUGCUGAGCAACAACACAGAGAUCCACAGCUGGUCGUCUAGGCUGCGCUUCUUGGUGGUCCAUAGCAAUGUGUUGGCUGUCAUCAGCGAGGUGAUUGGCUGGAUUUACUUCUUGUCCUGGUCCGUGUCCUUCUACCCACAAGCAUGGGUUAACUGGAGACGGAAAAGUGUGGUGGGCCUCAACUUUGACUUCCUGGCACUCAACAUGACCGGCUUCUUUGCUUACAGCGUCUUCAACGUCUGUCUUUUCUGGGUAGUUCCCAUCAAGGAGGAGUUUCUCCAGAAGAAUCCCAAUGGAAUUAACCCAGUGAAAGCCAAUGACGUCUUCUUCAGCCUGCAUGCCUUCCUUCUGUGUUUGGUGUACGUCACCCAGGCCGCCAUCUAUGAGACAGGAGGUCAGCGGGUGUCGUGGACGGCACGCCUCCUGCUGCUGAUUGGCUGGUCAUUUGCAGGCAUCAGCUUGUUUUUGGCUGUGGCCAGACGCAUCAGCUGGCUGGACUACCUCUACUUCGUCUCCUACAUCAAGCUGGCCAUCACACUGGUCAAAUAUGUGCCACAGGCCCUCAUGAACUACCGCAGGAAGAGCACAGUGGGCUGGAGCAUCGGCAACGUGCUGCUGGACUUCAGUGGCGGCAUGCUGAGCAUCUUGCAGAUGAUUAUAGACUCGUACAACAAUGACGAGUGGGGGCUUAUAUUCGGCGACCCCACCAAGUUCGGCCUUGGCCUCUUUUCGGUGGCCUUUGACAUCAUCUUCAUGGCUCAGCACUACUGCCUGUACCGAACAGAGCCGCAGUACCAGGAGAUCCAGUCGGCACAACCUCACUGACCACAUUGACGCUGGACUCAUGUCAGUGUGUGUAAAACAAAGCAACACACAUACUUAAAUGUUGACAACAUACCUGGAAUUUGGUUGUCCAUCCUAAUAAUUUUCAAAAUAAAAGUAUCAAACACA